AUGGCGGCCUAUUUGUGUUCAUUUGUACUCUUGUUGCUUCUUCUUCUUGUUCAGUUCCCUGAAUUGCAGGGCCAACAGAGCUAUGUCAACAACAGACAGCUUAACUGCCCGCAGAAGGACACCACAACUCUCGGCUAUGUUUGCAAUGGCGCCGCCACUUCCUGCCGCUCUUACCUCACUUUCCGAUCAACUCUUACUUACAACAGCGCCAUCACCAUCGCCAACCUCCUCGCCGCCGAUACAUCUGAAAUUGUGCGAAUCAAUAAUAUUACCGAUGUGGGUGUGCUCCCUGUUGACACACUCGUCGUAGUGCCCGUCAAUUGUUCCUGCUCCGGCGCUGAUUCAAGGUACCAGCAUAACGCGUCGUACACUAUCCAGACCCAAGGCGAGACGUAUUUGAUUGUUGCGAAUGAUACUUACCAGGCUUUAACCACCUGCCAGGCCAUGGAAGCUAAUAAUCCUUACGAUUUUCGUGAUUUGGUGGUGAAUAUGAGACUCAGUGUUCCGCUUUGGUGUGCCUGUCCCACUUCAAACCAGACGGCCGCCGGCUUCAGGUAUCUGCUCACUUACCUUAUUCGGCAGGGGAAUACAUACAGUUACAUAGCCGAUGCAUUUUCCGGCGCGGGUGCUGAUGUCCCGGGGAUCCUCAAUGCCAACAAGCUAUCAGAAAACGACCGUAUCUUUUUCUUUACACCAAUUUUAGUACCGCUUACAGAAGAACCCACCAAGGAAAAUAUCAAUAUCCUUCCCCCACCGCCGCCGCCUCCACCGGCGCUGCCCACCAUCCCCUCUGACCAGAGUGGUGGCUCUUCCCGCAAGUGGGUUUUCGUGGGUGUCGGAAUUGGUGCUGCUGUUUUACUCCUAGUCUUAAUCUCCGCGGCUUGGUUCUUCCGCCACCGCCGUNGUCGUGGGGGGCGGUAUUGGUGCUGCUGUUUUACUCCUAGUCUUAUUCUCCGCGGCGUGGUUCUUCCGCCACCGCCGUGCCCGUAG